AGGCUUGAACCUGCUGGCCCUCUGCAAGCAAUUGCUCCUGCAAAGCCCUGGAGUCAGCAAGAAGUGGCUGCAAGCCCAAAAAAGAAGGCUCUGGAGGAGAGGGGACAAAGCCUGAGAUACCUCCCAGGCAGGCGGCAGCACUUGCACAAGCUGCAGAUGCUGGACUUGACCUGCAGGCGCCGAGAGGCAGAGCUGAAGCGAAAUCUCCACAGGGAGGCAAAAAUCAAUAAACAAAAUAUCAAGGAAUCCAGCCCGAAGAAUGUCCUUGACACUCUCCAGAGAGGCGACAGCGCCGAAAGCCAAGACCUCGUCCCUGCUGAGCACAAUCAGUGUUUUCAUGGAGAUGACCGUGGAAACACAUGGGAUGGAGGAGUCUCCAGGCAUCGUGAUGGGGCUGAACUUUCUCCAGGCAAGAGCAGGAAGGUUGACCUCUGGUUCUGCAAGGAGUCACAAACGAGGGAUCUGUUCUGGGAUACCUCCAGCACGAGCUCUGAGGAGUGGGAAAGGGAAGAGGAGAAGAUUUACCACAAACCUACUCUUGUGAGAACCAAGACGGAGAGAGUUUCUCUCUUCGAUGACUUCUUUGAUAAGGAUUUCUAG